AUAAAAAUGUUCACAAAUCUGACUUGCAACAUGUCCUGCGUAACUGAAAUGUUAUGUCUAUUCUUGCUUAUUACCAUACUUUACUUCUUCGUAAAAAUUAAGAGCUUUCUGAAAAAUCGUAGUGAAUUAAAACGAAUUCCAAGCCCAGAAGAUAAAAAUUUCAUUGGUGGCAGCUGUGCACAUUUACAGACGUCACGAGAUGUUGCGUUCAAAAUAUUUCGAGACUGGGCAAAAUUGUACCAUCAAAUUUAUGCUAUGACCGCACUUCACUUCGUUGUUCCGUGUAUAUUACACCCAGAUGAUUUUGAGCUCAUACUUUCCAAUCCCAAACAUAUGGAAAAAAGUGAUAUUUAUAACGUUUUCCAUGGAUGGUUAGGUACUGGUCUCCUUACAAGUACUGGAGAAAAGUGGCUGAACAGAAGAAGAAUUUUAACUCCAGCGUUUCAUUUUAGCAUUUUGCAGCAAUUCGUUGAAAUAUUUAACAGGCAGACAGAUGAUUUAGUGACAACUUUUGGCGAAUUGUGUCACCAAGUUUACAUUUCAGUUGAUAACUACAUUGCACAGUUUACACUGAAAACCAUAGCAGAAACUGCAAUGGGAACAAAACUGAAAUUUAUUGAACAAAAAGAGAUAGAAUACAGACAGUCAAUUAUAGACAUGGGACAUAUAGCAUCUUAUAGAAUAUUACACACUUGGUUUGUGUACAGCUUUAUAAAUUUAUUUAGUCCAAAAUACUGGAAAGAGAAAAAUGCCAUUAAAACCUUACAUAAUUUCACUCGGAAUAUCAUAGCAGAACGGACUCAGGCAUUUGAAAAACCCGACAAUACUCAUGAUAAUCAUGAAGUUUACAAGGGAAGAAAACGAUUGGCUAUGUUGGAUUUGCUUAUAACGGCUAAAAACGAAGAAAAUAGUAUCGAUGAUCAAGGAAUAUGUGAAGAAGUAGAUACCUUUAUGUUCGAAGGUCACGAUACCACUACCGCAGCUUUAACUUUUUCGUUGAUGCUUAUAGCGUGCCACAAAAAUGUCCAAGAUUUAAUCGUUGAGGAAAUUGAGGCUGUAACAGGAGAGUUAUGUAAAAAACCAAACUUUAACGAUCUUCAACAAAUGAAAUAUUUAGAACGAGUUUUAAAGGAAGUUUUGAGGUUGUACCCAAGUGUCUCCUUCAUUUCUAGAAAAAUCGGAGAAGAAUUAGUUACUGCUACUGGAUAUAAGAUACCUAAAGACACGAUUGUCCACUUGCACAUUUACGAUUUGCAUCACAAUCCCGAACUCUAUCCAGAUCCGGAAAAGUUUGAUCCUGACAGAUUCUUACCAGAGAAUUCACAAAACAGACAUCCUUUCGCUUAUUUACCUUUUAGCGCGGGACCUAGGAACUGUAUUGGACAGAAGUUUGCCAUGUUGGAACUUAAAGCGGCAUUGUGUGGAAUAUUGUCUAAGUAUAUUCUAGAACCAGUGGAUACACCUGACACGAUAACUCUUAUAUUAGAUGUUAUGCUAAGAACUCAAGACGAGAUCAAAGUGAAAUUUGUACCGAGAUUUUAAAUAAAAAUAAUUUCUAAAAUUUAAAA